UGAAACCAACAUCGACACGGUCCGCCUUGGAGCAUCAACAGAUCUUUGGACGAGUUUCUUCUCGUGUGAAAUCCUAACAUAAAAUUAGUUGGAAUUCGCUGACUAUAAUUUUGAAACGGACAACACUUGGUACGCCAAAAUGGGGAGUUUUAUACCCAUUAUCAGCAUAUUGUGUGGAGCUGUUGCCUUUUGCAAAGGUUUGGAAAUACCCUACGCCGGUCAAAAUGGAAUGAAUGAAUUUAAGAAAAGUGGAAUAGCGGACCCUGCAAAUAUCGGUCAGACCAUUGGAAAUCCACUCCCUUCAGCCUUCUUUGAGGAGCAAAUCACUGGAGGAAGACAUCCAAAUGACGACAAGAGAUACACAAUUGAACAACUCAACCUAGCGGCGAGACAUCGCAAUGUUUACUACGAUACCGUUGGUGGAGACCCGUAUGGUCACAGUAGUCCAGUUCUGUCUCGCUCACAUAUUGCUGUCAAUCACAAGAAAAAGAGAUCACUCACUCAACUCGAAUCAGCUCAAACUGUUGAUGGUAGUCAGCUCCCUUCCGCUUUCUUUGAAGAGCAAAUAACCGGAGGAAGACACCCAGCUGAUGACAAAAGAUACACUAUUGAACAACUAAAUCAAGCCGCCAGACAUCGCAAUGUGUAUUUCGACACUGUUGGAGGAGAUCCAUACGGUCACAGUAGCCCUGUUCUGUCUCGUUCACAUAUUGCCGUUAAUCACAAAAAGAGAAGAUCUGUUUCACUAGGAGAAUUAUCAACAGCACCCGGAGCCACCAGUCAAUAUUAUCCAGCGGUUCAAUCCAGUCCUUCAAACGUCCCAGAAGCCGUGAAGAGAGAUGGCAUUGCGAGGUUAAACUAUGCUGCAAGACACCGCAAUGUUUAUUUUGAUUCUGUUGGUGGAGAUCCUUACGGCGGAAGCAGCACGGUGCUCACAAGGCAACACAUUUUGGUUAACCACAACAAAAGAUCAGCGGAAGAGAAGGAGACAAAAACUGGGGAAACAUUAAAGAAGAAGCUACGAAUCGCUUGAUAUGAAUGAGUUAUAAUCGUGGCCACAACAAGUGAUGUCUGAACUAUGUAUACAUGUACAUAUCAAAUUUCUGACAAAGGGAGAUAGAAUAAACAACCUUAUUUUGUUAUUUAUGGAGACUGGUUCAAAUAUAUCACAACUUUAAUGACCAGGAAAUGCAUGGGUUAACCAAUGUGGCGCAAUCGAAAAAGGAAGAACUUAAAAUAUUGAAACAAUUAAAUUUUGUCUAUGUGUGAAGCUCAUUUGUGGGACAGGAAAAUUUCCCCUGAAUUUUUGAUUAGCAGAAUCUUCUCGAUAAGCAGAAUGGAAUAUACGAAUAGGGGUUUGGCAGCCAUAGACGAGAUUCUAAUGUAAUGGGGGAUUUACUGAGAUCGUCUUGUACAGGUUAUACAUUUGUUAACAUCUGUUCAGAGAAAUACAUCAUUUCGGAACAGAUAAUUCAUCUUUUACAUUCAGAGUAUCUUGAUAAAGAUGAACAGAGCUUUGUUACAGUCUACACGUCCCAAGGAAGCACUUGGUUAAAGUGCUUCAUGAAUCAGAAUUUACCAUUGAAUGUGUUUCAACUUUAACGGUUGCUACGAAAAUAAUUUGCUUCAUUGAUAUCUUAACAUUCGUAAAAUCGUUGAACAGAAAGAUUUCGGAAUAAACAUAUAUAGAGUUA